GAAAACAUUCCACAGCUAUGUAUCUACUUCCUUAUUUUGAUCGGAAUUAGCCUACUGAUUUUCCAAGAACAUUUCGUGUUUCACUCGCAAAAUGCGAUCUACUGAGCUGAGGUUGGUGAAAUAUUACAAAAUCAUAUGUAAAAGUUAAAUUAUGUUGAGUGUCGUUGCGGUUUAGCUCGUUUAGAAACUGCUCAAACGCUUUGAAACUCGACGGAGCUGUUUAACAACUACAAUGGACAACUUUUACUGAUCUUGUACGGAGUUAUGGAGACGUUUGUUUUAUUUUUUGUUACGUUACUGGUGGAUGGUGAGUAGAUUUAAAUGGGUUUUCGAGACUAUCUAAAAAUGAUUUGAAUAUAAUAUUAACCUAUUGGAUUUCUGACGUAAUGUUUUGAUCUGUUUUAUGGCGCUAAAACUCAGAAAAUGAUUGAUGUUUGCCCAAUUACUCAUUCACGAACUAUUCAGUUAUCUUAAUUGCAACUCACUUUUUCUUAUGCCCAAGUUUUAUUAUUUUUUUGUUCCUGUUUCUAUGAAAUAUUCAUUUAUUCAUUUUUUUUUUCAUUUAGUAGAUGCUUUUAUCCAAAGCGACUUACAAAUGAGAACAGUGGAAGCAAUCAAAACAACAAAAGAGCAAUGAAAUUUAAGUGCUAUAACAAGUCCCAGUUAGCUUAACACAGUAUAAUAAAUAAAAAGAAAACAGAUAGAAUAAAAAAAAGAAUAGAUCAAGCUAGUGUUAGAAGUCUUUACACAAACACACACACACACACGCACGCACAACUGCAUAAUAAAUGAAAAGAAAUAGAAUACAAAAGAUUAGAAAGAUUUUUUUUAAGAAUAGAAUUAGAACAGUGAGUGUUAAAAUUAGAGAGUCAAAUAAAGAUAAAUAUCCUGAGGGACUUGAAAUAUGAUCUGAACCUGUUAAGAUUUGAUAUCCACACACCAAUAUUCUCCAUAUGAUGAGUCUGAAUAUAACAUAAAUGACAAAUCCAGCAUAAAAUCUGUCACUAUUGUUCCUUAAACAAGAAUCUGUGAUUCUCAAGCGGUUUCUCUUCUGCAGGUGCACUCAAAAAAAUAUUUAACCCCAAAAGUUAAAACUUAUUUAAUUCAAUUAGAUGUCAAUUUUCCAUCCAAUGUAAUCACAUAAAUCCAACGCAAAAGUUAAUAUUUGUUUAAGCUUCACCUUUUCAUGUUCAGUUAACGUAAAUGAAUUAAAUACAUUUUAUGAAAACUGAUGAACUGUGAUUUAAGCUUGUAUAAUACAUAAACUUUACUCAUUUUCAAUAACUUAUUGUUACUUGCUUUAUAUAAGCACCUUACAUUUUCUUAAUUCUAUUGAAUAAAUGGACAAAACAUGUUACAUUUUCAAACCUUUAUUGUUGUAAUUGAAAGUGACAAAAGUGAAAGUGACGUGACAUUCAGCCAAGUAUGGUGACCCAUUCUCAGAAUUUGUGCUCUGCAUUUAAUUCAUCCGAAGUGCACACACACAGAGCAGUGAACACACACACACUGUGAAAACACACCCGGAGCAGUGGGCAGCCAUUUAUUCUGCAGCGCCCAGGGAGCAGUUGGGGGUUCGAUGCCUUGCUCAAGGGCACCUAAGUCAUGGUAUUGAAGGUGGAGAGAGCACUGUACAUGCACUCCCCCCACCCACAAUUCCGUCCAGCCCGAGACUAGAACUCACAACCCUUCGAUUGGGAGUCCUACCCUCUAACCAUUGGGCCGCAACUUUCCUAUUUUUAUAAUUUUAGCUAACUUGGCAGGUCCUCAACCCAACCACAAGCUCCACACUUCACCACAACGGUAACUCGCACAAAAUACACCAAUAUAAAGUCUUUUAAAAUGGCCAUAUAAUAGAGCAUUAGACAUGAAAAAGUCUCCUUAUUAUCACAUUUUACUAAAAACUGCAUAAAAUAACACUUUAUUUCAACAUUUUCUCUCCCCAUAUCCAGUCCUGUGCAAAGCAUGAUGGGAAGUGUAAAACUUAUUUUGAGGUACUUGAUUGAAACAUGUUCUUUCAAAAUGAAAACUUUAUGUUAAACCAACGAGUGACAGUUUUAAGUCAGUUUAACAUGACACAAUCAUGUUGAACUGAAAAAUAGCCAAAAUGGCAUUAAUUCAACAUGAAUUGUUCAGGUAAAGUGAACAAAUGUGAAAAAUCAUUUUUUUGAGUGUGUGUUUGGUUAUAUGGAUGAAGUGAAGUCAGUGUCAGUGAUGGAGGGAGAUUCUGUCACUUUAUUCACUGAUCUUACUGAAAUACAGAAAGCUGAGCUGAUACUGUGGACAUUUGGAUCUGACAGCACUCGUAUAGCUCAAAUAAACAGAUUGAUUAAUAAGAUCUCAUAUUACGAUGGUCCUGAUGAAAGAUUCAGAGACAGACUGAAGCUGGACAGUCAGACUGGAUCUCUGACCAUCACAAACACCACAACUCAACACGCUGGACUCUAUCAACUACAGUUCAUCGGUGGAAAACCGGUCACACCCAAGAAAUUCAGUGUUAUGGUUUCUGCUCGUCUACCUAUUCCUGUCAUCAGCAGUAACUCUUCACAAUGUUCUUCGUCAUCAUCAUCAUCAUCAUAUUGUUCACUGGUGUGUUCAGUGGUGAAUGUGGGUCAUGUGACUCUCUCCUGGUACAAAGGAAACAGUUUAUUGUCCAGCAUCAGUGUGUCUGAUCUCAGCAUCAGUCUCUCUCUACCUCUGGAGGUGGAAUAUCAGGAGAAAAACAGCUACAGCUGUGUGAUCAACAAUCCCAUCACAAACCAGACCACACAUCUGGACAUCAGCAAACUCUGUCACACAUGUUCAGCACCAGGUUUGUCCGCAGGUCAUAUAGCAUUGGUUUGCUUUAGUGUUCUGGCUGUGGUUCUAGUUUUGUGUGGUAUUUUCUGUGGUAUUUUCUUUUACUAUCACCACAGGAGGUCUACACAAGCAGAUCAUCAGAGCAAACCUUAUGGAGAAGAAAAUAUUAGGCUAACUAAUGCAGAUGGAGAAACACUUGAACAGGAGAGACAUUUACAAAACAAUAAUUUUGUGGAGAAAGAUGAAAUUAAGUCUGUAAUAGCAAUGGUGGGAGAAAGAGUCACGCUACACACUGAUCUCACUGAAAUAAAGGAAGAUGAGCUGAUACGGUGGAAGUUUGCAGAUUCCAAAAUAUACAAAUUCGCUGAAUUUUUUGUCAUAGCCAAAUGGGAUAAAACAAACAAUGAGGAAUACCUACAUGAUGACCACAAAUUCAAAGACAGGUUACAUCUGGACCACAAUACUGGAUCUCUGAUCAUCACAAACAUCACACCUAAACACUAUGGACAUUACAAACUGCACAUCACCAGCGAGGGACGGGAUAUCUCAAAGACAUUCAAUCUUGUAGCUCAUGACCCAAAGAAGAGACCGGGUACAAUCCUGAGAAGAGAAACUUGCCCUUGAUAGCAGAAUUUGAGUAUUAGUAAUCAGGGGCGUCGCACCCGUGGGGGAUGUGGGUGUUUUCCCGAUGAGAGGGUUCAAGACCCGCAUGUUUUCUGCAGUUUUUCCGCAGUUUUGCACAAACCCCUUACUACAGUCGCUCCUCCGUUUUUUCUGGCCGCUCUGUGUCUGUGCUCGCUGCUGCUGUCUCCUCCCCCCUCCCUCUCAAACAUGACACCGGCUGUGAGUGUGACCGGCUGAUGAUUGGCUGUUCUGCCUUAAGUCCCGCCUCUCUUGGCGUGUUAUCGGCCAGCUCGUGCUGAGGAGGCGGGAACUUAUGGUUAUGGUUAUUUACAUCUCACUUUUCCAGGUGAAUGAGUGUUUAUGCUUUCGAGGUUUUUUAAAUAAACUUGAUAUGCGUUUAGGAAGAUGUUCUGUUAUCGUUUUGUUGACAUGUCGAGUGUUCUCGGUAGACUAUUAUAUUUCGUUUUUUAGACUAAUGCUAAUUGCUAUUAUUGGGAUAUUGUUCAGUAGCUAGUUAAAUUCGGUUAUGUAAUGUUAUGUGGCAUGCGAUGUAUAACAUAACUGUGAUGAAGAAGGGACUGCCAUUGUUAAGCAAUUUAUUUAUGGGUUCAUUGCCAGUGCAACUGAUUUUGAUAUCUUGAGCAUUGUUUGUUGAUUAGCUGAAUACUUUUGUGGAUACUUACCUGUUGUGUUUGAUUGUAACGUUACCUGUUGAGGAGAAAAAAGUGAGAAAUGAUGACAUUGUUUGAAAACCUGUUGAAGAACUAUGAAAGAAAAGUGUAUAUUAUUUUAAUGUUUAAAGACAGUAAAUUGUUACAUUAUUUAUACCACCAGAUACAACGCUGUGUGGGUGUUUUUUCUUUUCUUUUUUUUUUUCUUUUUAUGUAGGAUUAUUUAUUUUUCCCAUCCAAAUGCUGCAAGCCGGAAAUCCGGCACAGUGCCGGAGAACUUUAAUUCCUGCAUUUUGUACCUCUCUGUCACUGUAUUAAUCGUUUUUAUUGUUUAUAAACAAACCACAUCCACCCCCCGCACUUUUGAAAAGCUUGCUACGCCCCUGUAUGUAAUCCAUAUUUCAGUUUAAUUGCCAAACUAAUGGAACAUAGUUCUUCUUAUUUAUCUCAAUCAUUGUCUUGGUAAUUCAAAACGAACUCACAGUUUCUCAAGGCUAUUUGUCAAUAUGCGUUCUUUAGCGAUCUUGCGUCCUUGCUUUACUUCAACAUCAACCGUCGAAGUUCAGAUCCAGUUCUCAAGAACGCAAGUACAGAGAACGCAUGAAGUGCCAGAAUGUGUUCUUGAUAUCAAGGAUGAAUCGCGUGCAGACUUGAGAGAAUCCAGCCGUUAGAAAU